GCCUCCACAGGCCAUAAAGUGCAAAAACGCGAUGAUGAAACCCUUCUACACACCUCGACCUUCUCUCCGCCCUCAUAUUCCUCGCUUAAGGCAUAAUCAUGGCUUCCUCCAACUAUAUCACAAAGGCUGGCACAAAACUGUUCCAGAAACACCUCGACCAAUACGCUCCAGCUGACCCGCUUUACGAAUCCUACACCGACAAUCGAGGAAGGGAGAAGCGAAGAAAGCGUCCAGUUCCACCAGGUUUAUCUCCACGAGACGCAAAGAUUCUCAAGUCCGUCCAGAGGCGUGCACAUUAUCUCGACAAAGGAUUCUCCGUCUGCGGUUUUAGAUUUGGCUGGACCUUCAUCAUAGGUAUCAUUCCAGGUGCAGGAGAUGUAGCAGACGUCUCGUUGAACUACAUAUUAGUCGUGCGCAAAGCACGCCAGGCCGAUUUACCAGCGUGGCUCGUCCGCCGCAUGCUCCUCAACAAUGCAGUAUCUGCGAUUUCUGGCCUCGUCCCAGUCGUAGGCGAUGUCGUACUCGCGAUGUACAAGGCCAAUUCUCGCAAUGCGGCUCUCCUUGAAGAGUUCUUACGUAUUAGAGGAGAAGAAUUUCUUAGAUUGCAAGCUGAAAGAAACGAGGCUGCACAAAACAAGGAACAAGAACACAGUGAAAGUGCACCUAUCAAGCAUGAUAUCGACCAAGUUAAACCUGGCUCUGGGAUUCCCGACGAGCCUAAAGCAAAGGGUAAAUCCAUCUCUUGGAGGGGAAGCAAAAGGGAUAAGCAGAAGGCAGAAGGCUCUCAGGAAGGCAAAGAUCGAGGGAAAUUCAUCGAGGAUGUUGUUUCUGGUCCAGGUCCCAGCGCUGAAUCUGGAAGCGGUACUUUGAAAAAGCAGAAAACAUGAUAAUUUCGGUGUUGCAUAGUUCGAUGGACUGCUGGUUAGGUUCGAAUAGGAAGUCUAUAGUUUGCGGACGGUAAUAUGGACCAGACUCUCAAGGCUGUUCCUCCACUGACGGCGACUCUGAUUUUGUAUACCAAUGUUUCUUUUGCAUCUAUGUUAUAAUUACAAUACUAGUUUCGGAAUAGGUAUUACGAGUAUUCUUCCGCCUAUUUCUAGGGAAUGUAUCACCGCAGUUGUCCAAUUGAUUUACUGUACAAGUUGAAUCUGCUUGGCUUCCUUCGGUAUUCAGAAUAUACGAUUAUGAACU